AAACAAAAAGGAUAAAGGUAACAGUUUCAGAUAACUUUAUUGAAACAGGCAUAGCCUUGGUACAGAAAGAACAAAUCUUCGGGAUGCCACAACAUGCUGGGAUAAAGACAUUGAACCGAGGGGAAUCUGAAACAUUCUGUAACAGCUUCGGUGGUAAACUAGCAGAUAUUUCAGACUUGAAGACGUACCACUUACUUUACAACUACGUUAGAAAAAAACACGCAUUCCUUGAAGCUCCAACGCACUGGUACAUACAUGUCUGGCUGGCGUCGGAUUACAAUCCAGAGACCGGCAUAGUGACACAGAGCAACGGUGAACCAGGUUAUAAUGGAGAAGGAAAUUGGCGGCAACCAUACAAUCCCAACCCUACCAACACUUACACUGAACUAUUCUUGCGAGUUCGCUUUCACAUCGCAAGUGACAGUGGAUUACUCAAUUACCCACCAACCCAAAGACUAGACAUAUGUACAGUGCUCUGUACCGUGCCAUUUCUUUCUGAUCAAUAGGUUUUCAAGUUUAUACGCAGUAGUGCUGGGUAAAACAAUACCGUUAAAACCUAAACACCACAUUUCUUAAUUGUGUUUUGAACAAUUAACAACGGUAUUGUUUUCGAUUUAUAGUCCCUUAUACAGUGUUUGCAUCGGUGACGUCACUGGGAAAUAUGCUUUUUACUUGACAUAACUACAAACAUGAAAAAGUUAACUCAAUUUGUAGUAUA